CGUGAUUGCAGUGCAUUCUGGGACUUUAUGUAAAGUCAACAAUUUAACAUGGCGGCGUCCUGCACAAGAUCUCUGACUAAGGUCGGUUGGACGAUUCUGGAGAGUUCUACGCUCCGCCGACCCGGCACCGGCGUCCUCUUCUCGGCUUGCCGUAUGCCCCGCAGGUCCUACUUCGGCGGCGGGACAGGAGCCCGCUCCGGACUGCCGUGGUCUCUGCGGGCUGGAGGAAGCCGUGCUCUGGGCUGCGCCUUCCUCCUCGGCGGCGGUGUGGGGAUCUACCAUACCGUCAAGCUUUACUGGGCACAGCAGCGACAACUGGCCCAGGAGCAAGCCCAGGCGCCCUCCACACCUUCGACGUCGGCUUCUCUGUCCCUGACACUGUACCAGUACCAAACGUGUCCGUUCUGCAGCAAAGUGCGAGCCUUCCUGGACUACCACGGCCUGGCUUACCGCGUGGUGGAGGUGAACCCCGUCAUGCGGCGGGAGAUCAAGUGGUCAGCCUACCGGAAGGUUCCCAUCCUCAUGGUGGACGAGCACUUGCAACUGAACGACUCGUCGGUCAUCAUCAGCUCACUCAAGACCUACGUAGUCAGCAAGGGUUCCAGCUUGUCUGACAUUUUGCGCUGUUACCCAGAGAUGAAGUCUGUGAACGACAGCGGCAAGGAGGUGACGGAGUACAACAACAAGUACUGGCUGAUGCUCAGCCAGGACGAGACGGCCGCCGUCUACCCCGACAAAGGCAGUCAGAAGGAGGAGAUGAAGUGGCGGCAGUGGGCCGACGAUUGGCUGGUACACCUGAUCUCACCCAACGUCUACCGCAGCACCGGCGAGGCCUUGGCCUCUUUCGACUAUAUCGUGCGCGAAGGCAAGUUCGGAACCCUGGAGGGAUGGUUCGCCAAGUACGUCGGCGCCGCUGCCAUGUUUGUCAUCGCUAAACGCCUCAAGAGCCGGCACAACCUCCAAGACGACGUGCGUCAGGACCUGUACAAAGCUGUUAACAACUGGGUGGCGGCCAUCGGCAAGAAGAGGAAGUUCAUGGGCGGAGAGCAGCCCAACCUGGCCGACUUGGCCGUGUUUGGCGUCCUGCGUGUCAUGGAAGGCCUGCAGGCCUUCGACGACAUGAUGGCCAACACUAAAGUGAAGCCGUGGUACCGGCGCAUGGAGUCGGCCACACGCAACCACGACGGACUCUCACAAUCAUCACGAUAACUGUAUCGUUCAUCUAAAGACACCAAAACUGCGGGGACUGUUGGAGGCUCAUGUGAUCCUGCCGUUUUUCCUCUGCAAUAUUGCAGCCACGGGCAAUAUUUAAUGCAGUAUGCAAUGGGGUUUUACUGUUAAUCUGAAUGUUUCCCUUAAUGGGUCACAUAAAAAAAAAGAAAAAGUGUUAACUUAUUCUUGUGUUGCGGCGCUUCCGGGAUG